AAAUACGGAUAAUUCGAAAAAAGUGAAUAUCCUCCUCUCUCUCUCUUUUCUUAAUCUUUCUCCCAUUUCUGUGCUCUUUUUCUCCUCUCUCUCUCUCUCUCUCUCUCUUCCACCGCCAACCCCUCCCUCAUCUUCCUCCACUUGUCUCCUGCCUCAUGAAACACUGAGGCACAAACUCUCUCUCUCUCUGUGUAAAACCCUGGUUGUCCAUGGCGAAAAUUCUGAUAUCCUCCCCUUCCUUCGUCGGCGCUCCUCUUCCGUCACUCUCUCGCUUUGGACCGCAGAACCUCCAUAGCCGCAGGCUGGUUACUACCAGAAUUAGGUUCAGCCUCCAUGAGGUUCCUCCAAUCCAUUCCAUCGAUUCCGCCAUUGAUUUCAGCUCGAUUGCUAGCAGAGUAGAAGGCCUGCUUUACACGCUUGCCGAUGCCGCCGUUGCUGUGGACUCCGCCUCCGGUGGAGCUGCCUCCACCUCCACCGACGCCGCAGCGCAGAAAAAUGGCGGCUGGUUCGGCUUCAUCUCUGAGGCCAUGGAAUUUGUUCUCAAGGUUUUGAAAGAUGGACUUUCGGCUGUGCAUGUACCAUAUGCGUAUGGAUUUGCGAUUAUAUUGCUCACAGUGAUUGUCAAAGUUGCUACAUUUCCUCUAACAAAACAACAGGUGGAAUCGACGUUGGCAAUGCAAAACCUUCAACCAAAGAUCAAAGCUAUUCAAGAAAGAUAUAAAGGCAACCAAGAAAGAAUUCAACUUGAGACAUCACGACUGUACAGGCAGGCUGGGGUUAAUCCAUUAGCAGGCUGUUUUCCAACUUUGGCCACAAUUCCAGUCUGGAUAGGUCUAUAUCAAGCUCUCUCAAAUGUGGCUAAUGAGGGACUGUUGACAGAAGGUUUCUUUUGGAUUCCUUCUUUGGGCGGCCCAACAACAAUUGCUGCUCGACAAAGUGGUUCUGGCAUUUCUUGGCUGCUUCCCUUUGUGGAUGGUCGGCCACCACUUGGCUGGCAUGAUACUGCAGCAUACCUUGUUCUACCUGUCCUCCUUGUUGUUUCUCAGUUUGUCUCAAUGGAGAUCAUGAAGCCUCCCCAGACUGAUGAUCCAGCUCAAAAGAACACACUUCUUGUAUUCAAGUUUCUUCCGCUUAUGAUUGGUUACUUCUCCUUGUCUGUUCCGUCAGGAUUAUCAAUUUACUGGUUCACGAAUAAUAUCCUCAGCACAGCACAACAAGUAUGGCUACGCAAAUUAGGAGGUGCAAAGCCUGCUGUCAAUGAAAAUGCAAGUGGAAUCAUUACGGCAGGACGUGCAAAACGAUCAGAUUCUCAGCCAGUGCGAUCUGGUGAUAGAUUUAGGCAGUUAAAAGAAGAAGAGAGAAAAAAAAAAUCCAAACAAGAGGUUCAGGUAUCAGCGUCUGCAUCUGAUUCUGAAGAUGGGUCAGACGAAGAGAACAAAGACAGGGAUGAUGAGGUUCUAGAGAAAGCAUAUUCUUCUAACAUUAGUAAAGAGGUUCCCGAAUACCGGCCCAAGAGAAGCAAGCGUUCUAAACGGAGGCGUGCUGUAUAAACAACUGUACACUGAUAUGUUUGUAGUCUACGGUGAGUGCUGUAUACCUCAGAAAAUUUGUAUUAUUUUUAUUAUGUAGUAGCCAGGUGAGUGCUGUAUACCUCAAAAAAUUUGUAUUAUUUUUAUUUUGUAGUAGCCAGUUUUAUGUUGGCUCAUUAAUUUUGAAAUAAAAUGUAAAUCAUGCAGAUUAAUUCUA